AACUACCUAAUUUGCGAUAGCUUUUCCUCUGCGAGUCUUCUCCUUCCAUUUUAAGGCCAUAUCUGUCGACGUUGCCAUGAGACGCGGCGCCUCUUCACCACCACAACUCUUACUACGGGGAACAGGACAGUUCGCUCAGGAAUCAGACCCACAUCCCUAAAGUCAAAAAUCUAAUAUAACAAAUACAAGCAAGAUUAACAUUUGACUGCCUGCCCCCUAUGCGAUAUCCGUACUAUUGCCGGCACCUUGACGCUAACAAUGUUGCUGCUGCCGUUUAUCACGCCUACGACGACUACAUUUACAAGAAGCUGCUCUUAUCGAUGUGAAGGCGUCGGUGGCGCUAAUGGUAAAAAAAUCCAUAAGACUUUUGUCCCUCUUACGGAAAAAUCACAAGUGGAGCAUCUACAGCUACACGUUUGAUUAAAGCUACACCUUGUGUCGGCAAUACUGGAGCCGUACUUGGCCGUUGCCUUGUCGAUUCGGGUAAAUGAUCAGUUCGUGUUGAGAGCUCAGUUGCAGUAGCGGUUGUACGCGAUUCGACAUCCAGACUCUCCGAUGUGAUAGCAACAGCCACGGGGGCCGUCUCGCCGCGAAGACGUGUGGAAAGGGAAAGCUGUUUGGCCAGUGUUUAUCUGUCGAUUGAAUGCUGCUUAGGCGACUAUUUGAAGUGGGCCGUAAUCCGGCUACAUUGAACUGCGUCUCGUUCACAGGUUCAACCAUAAAAGCUAUAAAUGCUACAGCCUUAACAUGUGGUAUAUGUUCUAUGGGCUUGAAGUUGUCAUCGAGGUCGCGUGUUGCUGCUAAAAUGUCUUCGCUUAGGGAACCGAAGGUUACCGGUGCGGAAAUAGCCACAAUUGGCAUGGGCUGUUUUUGGGGUGUUGAAGCGUUGUACGGGGCCACGCCGGGAGUACUCCGUACGCGAGUUGGCUUCACCGGCGGAGAUGUUCAAAACCCUAAUUACCAUGACCUUGCCGACCACACCGAGGGUACUGAACUUGAGUAUGAUCCUGCAGUGAUUACAUAUGAAGGGAUUCUCGAUUUCUUCUGGAAGAAGCAUGAUCCAACAGAGAAGCACAAGUGUCAGUACAAGUCAAUCAUCUGGUACCAUUCCGAUGACCAGAAAGCUAUCGCGGAGCGUACAUUAAAAGAAGCUCAAAAAAGGUUCUCGAAGCCGAUCGUUACUGAGAUCGCUCCUGCUAAGGUCUUCUAUAAUGCGGAACGGUAUCACCAGAAGUAUCGACUCCAAGGCCACAAGGAACUCAUGACGAUUUUGAAAAACGCUGGAAUGGAUGAUAUCAUCACCUCUCACGUAGCAGCCCGCCUUAACGGCUAUCUCGGAGGACAUGGAUCGCUGGCGCAAUUCCAAUCAGAGGACCUUGGCCUUCCGGAUGAGGCUAAGGCGUACGUUGUGAAGGUUCUUCAGAAGAGCGUUACAGUUUCCUGUCAUUAGCAGCAUUAUGCCUGUCAUAAGAGUAUAUAUACAUAAUAGUUGUUAAUAAAUAACUAGAGUACACGAAGUAACAGGUGCUUGCAUAAAGCCCACUGCCAGAACGCAUCAUAUGAUCAUCCCACGAUUCAAGAUAGCUAUAAAGCAGGAGCUAAUAGCAGCACAUCAUACGAGAUUAAUAAACUAUUGCGAACAUUUCAUCAGAAUAGGAACAGUCAGAUUAGCGGAAGUAACAUUGGUAUUUUGAGACGAUGGGCUACAAUGUGUUUGAGGGAUAUUAAUCGGUGCAAUUAGCUUAAUAAUUUUAUUAUGACAAUACAGUAUUUCCGUGGCAAAACACUUGGUAAUGUAUAUACUGUCCGAGCUUACGUAGUUCGGUAAGGCUGUGUAAUUCGAAUAGCCUUCACGUCGACCCAUUUAUAUGGCCUGCGACUGUUAUUUAUGUCAGUGAAUUGCAUACAAAGUUUUCUAGAGCAAAUCAUAAAGCACAAAAAGGGAAAAGUAAAAAUGAAGAUUGGUUUAAAGAUGUCAUUUAGCUCUAAA